UCAAUUACAGCCCACUUUCUGUGUAUAUAUAUAUAUAGUUCAUCAACCCUUCUCUUAAUCUUCACCAAACCAUCAUAUUCCCUUGUGUAAUUCAGCCAUGGAAGCAGUAACUUCAAAAAAUCUCCAAACCCCCCAUGUAAUCAUACUACCAACUCCAGGUAUGGGUCAUCUUAUCCCACUCAUUGAGUUAGCUAAACGACUCGUUUCUCAUCAUGGUUUAACAAUCACAUUCACGAUUCCAACUGAAACCGAUUCUCCAUCCAAAGCUCAGAAAUUGGUUCUUGAUUCUCUUCCAACAUCAAUCGAUUAUAGGUUUUUAUCUCCGGUUGAUCUGACUGAUUUACCUAGUGAUCAUAAGAUUGAAACUCGGAUUUCUCACACGGUAACUCGUUCUCUUUCUUCACUUUCUGACUCGUUUAAACUCAUUACGUCAACUCGCCGAGUUGUUGCCUUUGUUGUUGAUCUUUUUGGUACUGAUGGUUUUGAUGUUGCCAAGGAGUUCAAUGUCAAACCAUACAUUUUUUUUCCAUCGACAGCUAUGUUUUUGUCUUUGUUUCUCCAUUUGCCUAAAUUAGAUCAGGAUUACACUUGUGAGUACAGAGAUGUGCAAGAACCGAUUCAACUUCCGGGGUGUGUGCCUAUCAAUGGGGUCGACCUUCUCGACCCGGCACAAGAUAAGAAAAACGAGGCCUAUAAAUGGAUUUUGCACCAUGCAGAAAGGUACAAACUUGCUGAGGGCAUCAUGGUAAAUAGUUUUAACGAUCUCGAACCAGGUCCAAUCAAUGCGUUGAAGGGCUCCGAAUCGGGUAAUCCGCCGGUGUACCCUGUUGGGCCGCUUAUCCGGACAGGUGACACCGAUGAUGUAUCUGAUCCAUCGGGUUGUUUGAAAUGGUUGGAUGAUCAGCCGCUAGGAUCCGUUCUAUUCGUCUCCUUUGGAAGUGGUGGAACGCUUUCCAGUGAGCAACUAACUGAAUUAGCUAUGGGGCUAGAAAUGAGCCAACAGAGAUUCUUGUGGGUUGUAAGAAGUCCUAGUGAUAAGGUUGCAAAUGCAACGUACUUUAAUCCCCAAAGUAUCAAAGACCCUUUUGACUUCUUGCCAAAAGGGUUCAUAGAGAGAACCAAAAAUUAUGGCUUGGUUGUUCCUUCGUGGGCACCUCAAGUUCAAGUGUUCAGCCAUGUCGCAACUGGUGGAUUCUUAUCGCAUUGUGGGUGGAAUUCAACACUCGAAAGUGUCGUACAUGGUGUACCUUUAAUUGCGUGGCCACUUUUUGCUGAACAGAAAAUGAAUGCGUUGAUGCUUUCAGAGGAUUUGCAGGUUGCAUUGAGGCCGAAAGCGAACGAACAAGGGAUUGUAGAUCGUGAGGAGAUCUCUAAGGUUGUUAGGGGACUUAUGCAAGGAGAAGAAGGGAAGAGACUUCGAUCUAAGAUGAGACAUCUUAAAGAUGCUUCUGCCGUAGUGUUAGCAGAAAAUGGGUCUUCGUCUAAGGCACUUGCAGAGGUGGCAAACAAGAUGACUGCAUAAAAUCCCUAUCUUAUUUACAUGUUUUUCCUCUUUACUUUUAGUCAUCGAGUUUGCAUUUUUGUUGUAUCAUGCUGACAUGAUAAUAUUCUUUCGUACGUGAAAUAAUUUGUAAGAAGAAACUUAAAUUUCAGUCGUUAUUGGUUGCUAAUGCUAA